UGGCCGAGGGGCGAACCUCCGCCCGCCGUACACUGGAGCCGGUUGGGGAGGAGACCCGCCGUGGAGCUUCUCGCCUCGCAGCCGGAGCACGGAGGGAGACGGUUACUGGCCGGGUCAAGCGGUUGUCCUCGGCCACGGCAGCCCGCGUCCCGCCGGCCUUCCCGGGGGCCUCGAGUCCAGGGACAUGGCCCGAGAUAAGGUCGCCGCGACCCCGGGGGCGGGCGCUCCGGCGAGCGGGGCGGUGCUGGCAGAGGCGGCGGUGGUGUUCGCCAUGGUGCUGAGCGUUCACGCGACCGUGUGGGACCGCUACUCGUGGUGCGCGGUGGCGCUCGCGGUGCAGGCGUUCUAUGUGCAGUACAAAUGGGACCGGCUGCUGCAGCAGGGCAGCGCCGUCUUCCAGUUCCGAAUGUCCGGCAACAGCGGCCUGCUGCCAGCCUCCAUGGUCAUGCCUUUGCUCGGCCUUGUCAUGAAGGAGCGCUGCCAGGCGGCAGGGAACGCCCACUUCGAGCGCGUCGGCAUUGUGGUGGCAGCCACCGGCAUGGCCGUGGCCCUCUUCUCAUCAGUAUUGGCGCUGGGCAUCACGCGCCCGGUGCCCACCAACACUUGUGUCAUCUCGGGCUUGGCCGGAGGCGUCAUCGUGUACGUUAUGAAGCACUCACUGAGUGUGGGGGAGGUGAUUGAGGUCCUGGAAAUCCUGCUGAUCUUCGUGUACCUCAACAUGAUCCUGCUAUACCUCCUGCCCCGCUGCUUUACCCCGGGAGAGGCACUGCUGGUAUUGGGUGGCAUCAGCUUCGUGCUCAGCCAGCUCAUCAAAUCCUCUCUGAUUGUAGUGGAAAACCAAGGGGACCCGGCGGACUCCUUGCUGCUGGUGGCUGUGGUGGGGAUGGUGCUCAUGGGCAUCUUCUUCAGCAUCCUGUUUGUCUUCAUGGACUCGGGCACCUGGGCCUCCUCCAUCUUCUUCCACCUCAUGACCUGUGUGCUGGGCCUCGGGGUGGCCCUGCCCUGGCUACACCGACUCAUCCGCAGGAACCCCGUGCUCUGGCUCCUUCAAUUCCUCUUCCAGACGGACACCCGCAUCUACCUUCUGGCCUACUGGUUUCUGCUGGCUACCUUGGCCUGCCUGGUGGUGCUGUACCAAAAUGCUAAACGGUCGUCUUCUGAGUCCAAGAAACACCAGGCCCCCACUGUCACCCGGAAGUAUUUCCAUUUCAUUGUGGUGGCCACCUACAUCCCGGGGAUCAUCUUUGACCGGCCACUGCUCUAUGUGGCCGCUACCGUUUGCCUAGCGGUAUUCAUAUUCCUGGAGUACGUGCGCUAUUUCCGAAUCAAGCCCCUGGGCCACCCUCUGCGGAGCCUCCUGUCCCUCUUCCUGGAUGAACGAGACAGCGGACCACUCAUCCUGACCCAUAUCUACCUGCUCCUGGGCAUGUCUCUUCCCAUCUGGCUGAUCCCUAGGCCAUGCAGUCAGAAGGGUAGUCUGGGAGGAGCACGGGCCCUAGUCCCGUAUGCUGGCGUCCUGGCCGUGGGUGUAGGCGACACUGUGGCCUCCAUCUUUGGCAGCACCAUGGGAGAGAUCCGCUGGCCUGGCACCAAAAAGACUUUUGAGGGGACCAUGACAUCUAUAUUUGCCCAGAUCAUUUCUGUCGCGCUUAUCUUAAUCUUUGACAGUGGAGUGGACCUAAAUUACAGCUACGCUUGGAUUUUGGGGUCCAUCAGCACUGUGUCCCUUCUAGAAGCAUACACUUCGCAGAUAGACAACCUCCUUUUGCCUCUCUACCUCCUGAUCUUGCUGAUGGCCUAGCUGCUGUGCAGCCACAAGGAUGGAGGAAACAGGACCCCGGGUAGGAUGAAUGGCCCACCCCGUCCUCACAACCGCCAGCCACUGGGGCCUGAGGAGCCAAGGGAUGAAAAGCAGAUCGGAUUUUUAGGUUGGUUUUCAGAUUUAAAAUAAAAGUCACAGCUCUCCUGCUUUAGUUUGCUGGUGCUUUACAUUAAGAAGAGAGAAAGAAAAUAGCGUAACCACUCAAAAGAACUUGAGUGUGCUGUCGUCUCCCCACCCCUUACCCCACCUUGCAGCCCUCCGAUGAAUGGGGCCUCAGAAGGGAACACUGGAGAGUGGCAGUCAAUCAAGCCUAGUGGUGAACAUUUCAGAUUCUGAUUAGAGCCCUUGGUUGCACCACUUAUUAACUGUGUGAGCUCCUUUCUCUUGUCUGCAAAAUGAGAAUCGCAGGAGGCACCGCCUGGGGCUGUUGAGAGGACCCAGUGAGAUGUGGUGUGUGAAGUGUCCAGCCCCAGGCAUAAUGAGCACUCGGUCAGGGAGAGUGGCCUUGGUACCCAAAGCCAGUCUCAUCCCAGCAACAGAAGCCAGAGUGACUUGCUUUUCCUCAUUUGAGCGAGGAGAAUCAAGGGGGAAAUGACUUCUCCCCCGGGGGCUAGGGAGAACUGAAGGACAGAGGCAGAAAUGGCUGGUGGCACGCAUGGAGGGGCUGGGGGACAAGGAUCAGGUCCUCAACUGAUGUCCUGUCUCAGCCAUCCUCUCUACCCCCACCUCUCAAGUCUCCAUCCCAUCAGGGAAAGGCCUGCGCUGCCUGGCUGAAUGGUGCUAAUGGGCUGGACAGCACAGGGCCUUGUCAAGGGAUCCCUCCUGAAACUCCAGUCCCACCAAACCUGUGUGUGUUUUUUCCCUUGGCACCACACUGAGCCUAGAACAGGUCCGGAGGGGCUGAACUCUGGGACUCUGCCUGAGCAAGGGGCCUCCAGAAAGCCCCAGCCUGGCUUCCUGCGCCCCGCCACAUCGCCCAGGGCCAGCACGGAACCCAGCACAUGUCCCGAACUGGAACUCGAGCAACAGUGGCCGAAUGGAUGACCAUUUCCUGUCAGCAGGAAGGUAGCUCUGCUGAACAAGGCUCUCCCCAGUUGCCAUGCAGUCUUGUAGGGAGAGGCCAAGCAGAGAGGGGAAAACUCUGGACCAACAAGGACAGGCGCCAGGAGCAGCUCUGGGGAGCUUGCACUUGUGUUGGAGAAGCAUGCCAAGCCCUUUCCCUCAGAAGAGACCAUUGAGACAUCCUUUGGGGAACAAAAGAGACUUAACAGA